CACGGGGCUACGCUUCCCCACUUCUCCGACGCCCCCUGUGCCGCGUCCUGGGAAGCUGGUCGGGGGAGCGUAGGCCCGCGGUCCUCGGCCUUGCGUGGCUACGCCCCAGCGGCUCCUGAACCGUUACCUGCGGCCUGGACGCGCCCAGCCGCCUCUGCUCUUUACGACCUUAGUCUUAGAGGGGCUUCUCACUGACGUCAGCGGAGGGAGCACCCACUCCUAACAAAUCCCAGAUUCUAGCUGAGGAAACAGUCUCUUUGUUAUGAUGCCAUCCCGUAACAAUGUAACUACUGGGAUCCCCAGUAGUAAAGUGAAGUACUCCAAGCUUUCUAGCACAGAUGAUGGCUACAUUGACCUUCAGUUUAAGAAGAGCCCCCCCAAAAUUCCUUACAAGGCUAUAGCACUUGCUGUAGUGCUAUUUAUGAUUGGCACCUUUCUCAUUGUCAUAGGUGCUCUGCUGUUAGCCGGAUAUAUCAGCAAAGGGGGAGCAGACCGAGCCAUUCCUGUCCUGAUCAUUGGAAUUCUGGUAUUCCUGCCAGGGUUCUACCACUUGCGCAUUGCCUACUAUGCUUCCAAAGGCUACAGGGGCUACUCUUAUGAUGACAUUCCGGAUUUUGAUGACUAGGGUCUACUUUGGUCCAGAAGAAAACCGUUGCUGUUGGGAAUAAGCUUAGCACUGAAAAGCUGGACCCGUGGAAAUUUAAAUACCAGUGGGUUCUGCAGUUAUUUUAACAAGGUCAUUGCUGGGCUCUUUGGGGUCAUCCCAAAGAUGUGAACUGAGCUUGCAGUUAGAGAAAUAAGAUCUCUUUUUCUUUACCUCCUGUUCUGAGCUAAGAUUUUUGAAGAGGCAGCUUUUCCAUACACACACACAUAUUCCAAAGUAGUUAUGGAAAUAGGACUAGAAUCACUCCAAAAAUAAUUUUUGUAAGAUAAGUCCUUUUUAGGCUGAGGUUCAUCACCGCGUUGGCUUCUUGAUGGUGAAUUUUUCUACUGCAGCAGCUUUCAAAUACUAUCCACAGAAUUAUGGAGAACUAACUAUAUCUGAAUAUGUGUGUGCAUAUGAAUAUGUGGUUACAUACACAUGUGUGUGUAUGUAUAUACACACAAAGUAAUAGGAAUUUGGUGAGGAAGUAGCCAAAUGAUGGUUUGGUUGAAAAGAGACUGAACUUCCCAACCUUAAGUUAAACAUUUUUACAUUUUAGCUUUUAUUUUUGGAAGUAGUCUGGUGUUACUAACAUGGUUUGUGUCAAAUAGAAAAUGCAGUGUAUCUAACUUUAUUUCAUUAAGUAAUUAUUUGAAAAACUCCAAAUGACUCAUUUAUCCCAUCAACCUAUUUUUUUUACUGUCUUCCAGUAAAACAUCCCUUAGUAAAACGAAGUAUAAUCAAAUUAAAGAGAAUCCAUAAUGAUUCUCACUUGCUUUUUGAAGUGACACAAGAAUUGGGAAUUUUGAAAGUCUCAGAACAGAUUUUGCAGUUUUUCAUCUUAGUGAUGCUUUUGCCAGGCCUAAUCUAUUUCAUAGGUUUGAUGUCUAUACCAUGUAGCAUUUUGUUCUCUGAAGAUCAGGAUGUUCCAGACUUUUAACAUUCUUUUAAGGGCUGAGGUUUUUUUUAACCAUUUGUCAGGAUUGCUUAUUUCCUAUGAAAAAUAAGGUUUGGGUGAUCAUAAUUUAGUUGUAUUUUUUCAAAAUUGCAUUAUUAGUACCUUUUAUUGUUGUUUUCUUACUAUGAAGCUGAUACAGACUAGGUGGUCACUUGAAGUCUAAGCUUGGCUAAUGUAGUCUCAUUAUUUCAUUGUUGCAGGGAGUGAGCACAUUUAAGAGAAAUUAAAAUGUUAAAAUCAGAGCUCUAGAUUAAAUAUGUGUAAAAGCUGUGCCUUAUAUUGGACAUUGUAAUAGACUUGAUUGAUGAUCAUGUUGGAUUUAAGUCUAUGAAUCACAUAUAGAAUACAUCCUCUUUCCUUUUGACUUUUGAUUAUACCAGUUGAAUUAUCAGACUAAGACCCUGCUGUAUAAUCAUACUGUUACCGACAAGUCAUAUUUUUGCAUUUAACCAUUAAUCAUCUAAGACCUCAUCAGUAACUUUUCAUUGAAUCCAAGUGAAAAGCACUCCAUUAGGUUCUGUUCCAAUUUAUAGCAAAAGCAGGUGGCACCAUUUCUGUCCUCAGGGAGCUUACCUAUUAAUGGAAGAAACAAAUGGAAAGUGUGAGCAGACCAGCAGAACCACAGAAGUAUAUUAAAAUGCAUUUUUCUUACACAUAGAAAUGUGACCCUGUUGAUUUUAUGAAAGUAAAACAGCUGCUCAGGGAAGGUUGUUGAAGUGAUGGAAGAGACUUAAACCAGAUUGUUCUAUGAAGGCUAUGCAGAGAAGAGGGACAAGGUUUGCCAGAAAGAAAGCAUUCAAAGCAUAGAGGAAUAGCAUGAAUGAGAGGUAGUGAUGAAGUGGAAAGAAUACUAGAUGGGGAGUCAUCAUACCUAGGCUUGAGUCUUCACUCCAUCACUUAGUAGCUGGGACACUUAUUGGGUCUUCAGUUUCUUCAUCUGUAAAACUGGGGUAAUAAUAGUUGCACUACCUACCUACCUCACAGGGUUGUUGUGAGGAAAAUGAUUUGUAAACCUUGAAACUUCUGUCUCUGUCUCUCUCUGUAUAUAAAUCUGUAUAUAUACAUAUAUGUUAUUUUAAUAAUAAUGAUUGGUGUAAUGGAUUAGGACUUCAGACAAGUCACUUAACCUCUGAGCCUCAGUUUCUUUAUCUGUAAGAUAGGGAUACCCUUAAUUCCUCAUAAGAUUUUCGUGAGGAUCAGACGAAAUCAUAUAUGCAAAAAUGCUUAUAAAAUGCUAUACAAGAGCUAAGAACUCUUAUUGUGAAGGAAGACAAAAAUAGGUGAAUUGUGAAAAAGGUUUCAGAGAAUGAUACAGAAAGUCUUCAGAAACUAUCUUUUGCAGGGAUUCUUAAUCUGGGCUCUGAAUUUUAAAAAAUAUUUUUGGGGCAGCUAGGUGGCACAAUGGAUAGAGCACUGACCCUGGACUUAGGAGGACCUGAGUUCAAAUGCACCCUCAGACACU